AUAUGACUUUGUAAACGGAAACAAACCAUGUGCUAACAUGGCGAUUUUUCAUCAUUCUUCGCAUGUCGUUUGAUAAUUAUUGCGUGGCUGUUAUGGGAAUUUGGUGUAAUCGUGCAAUAUUUUAUCUUUUAGACACAUUUUCUUUGUUUUGUUCAAUAUAAUUAUAUCGAGGAAAAAUGAGUGUAGACGCCUACGGACCGAGCUCACAAACACUCACGUUUUUGGACACUGAGGAAGCGGAUCUUAUUGGGGCUGAUACUCAGGGCUCCGAAUUCGAAUUCACUGACUUUACCCUUCCAUCGCAGAGCCAAACACAGGCUUCUCAACAUGACCAUGGCUUGUCAUCUUCAAAUCAGGUGAAUGGUCUGGGACGUUCAGAUUUGUCAUCAAAAGUUUCUAACGUGACCAAUGCCAUAGCAGAGUUGCAAUUUGAGGAAGAAGAUGAAGCCUUGUACAGCAAAGAAUUGCCUGACCACGCUUGCAAGUAUUGUGGCAUACAUGACCCGGCCACUGUUGUCAUGUGCAAUAUUUGCAACAAGUGGUUUUGCAACGGUCGUGGGAACACGUCAGGCUCACAUAUCAUCAACCACUUGGUCCGUGCCAAGCACAAGGAAGCUGCGUUACAUCGUGACGGACCGCUAGGAGAAACAUUAUUGGAAUGCUACUCAUGCGGUGCCAGGAAUGUCUUCGUACUUGGCUUUAUACCAGCCAAGGCAGAUUCCGUAGUUGUACUGCUUUGCAGGCAACCUUGCGCAGCUCAAAGUUCAUUGAAGGAUAUGAACUGGGAUCAAGAACAGUGGAAACCAUUAAUAUCUGACCGCGCCUUUCUAUCUUGGCUGGUGAAGGUGCCUUCUGAGGCUGAGCAGAUGAGAGCCCGUCAAGUGACUCCACAACAGAUUGGACGUCUUGAAGAGCUGUGGCGUGACAAUGUGGACGCUACUUUUCAAGACCUGGAGAAGCCUGGCGUGGAUGAAGAGCCCCAUCAAGUGCUGCUGAGAUACGAAGACGGCUACCAAUACCAAAACAUCUUUGGUCCACUAGUGAAACUAGAAGCGGACUACGACAAGAGGCUCAAAGAGUCUCAAACUCAAGAGGGUAUUGAAGUCCGCUGGGACGUCGGUCUCAAUAAGAAGACCAUUGCGUACUUCACGCUCGCUAAAACUGACAGUGAUAUGAAACUCAUGCAUGGAGAUGAACUUAGAUUGAGAUAUGUAGGCGAGUUGCAUAAGGCGUGGUCUGGCGUGGGUCACGUGAUCAAGGUACCGGAUAACUACGGCGACGACGUCGGCCUCGAGCUGAAGAGCGGCGCCGGCGCACCGCUGGACUGCACGUCUAACUUCGUCGUUGAUUUCAUCUGGAAGAGUACAUCCUUUGACAGAAUGCAGCUAGCUUUGCGUAAGUUUGCGGUCGAUGACUCGUCGGUGUCUGGCUACAUCUACCGCCGUCUUUUAGGCCAUGAGGUCGAAGAAGUUUUGUUCAGAGUUCAUCUGCCGAAACAUUUCAGUGCUCCAAACUUGCCUGACCUAAAUCGUUCUCAGGUAUAUGCUGUGAAGCACGCUCUACAGCGUCCUCUCUCUCUGAUUCAAGGACCACCGGGUACAGGUAAAACUGUGACUUCUGCAACAAUCGUAUACCAACUGGUGCGACAAAACAGCGGUCCAGUGCUCGUCUGUGCUCCCUCUAAUACUGCCGUGGACCAACUAACGGAAAAGAUCCACAGAACAGGUCUCAAAGUAGUCAGACUGUGCGCUAAAUCUCGUGAAGCUAUGGAGUCAUCGGUCUCGUUUUUAGCCCUUCACGAGCAAGCGAGAGCUCUUGGCUCGGCAGACAGCGAACUAAGAAAACUUACGCGGCUCAAGGAAGAGGCCGGUGAGCUGUCCGCCGCUGAUGAGAGGAGGUACCGAGCUCUGCGCCGCGCCGCUGAGAGACGCCUCUUAGAUGCUGCUGAUGUGGUGUGUACCACCUGUGUAGGUGCUGGAGAUCCCAGGGUCGCCCGCAUGCGCUUCCAAUCCAUACUCAUCGACGAAGGUAUGCAGUCUACGGAACCUGAGUGUAUGGUACCUGUCGUACUGGGUGCGAGGCAAUUGAUCCUCGUUGGAGACCACUGCCAACUUGGUCCAGUAGUUAUGUGCAAGAAGGCUGCCAAAGCUGGACUGAGCCAAAGUCUUUUCGAGCGUUUAGUCGUCCUUGGUAUCCGCCCGUUCCGCCUUGAAGUCCAAUAUCGGAUGCAUCCUGAGUUAUCUCGAUUCCCCUCCGAUUUCUUCUAUGAGGGUUCAUUACAGAAUGGUGUAAGCGCGGAAGAGCGUCGCUUGCAUAAAAUUGAUUUUCCGUGGCCCAGGCCGGACCGCCCUAUGUUCUUCUACGUAACUCAAGGACAAGAGGAAAUUGCGGGUUCUGGAACAUCUUAUUUAAACAGAACAGAAGCAGCCAAUGUAGAAAAAUUGACCACAAGAUUUUUAAAAGCGGGUGUUCGUCCUGAACAGAUAGGUAUCAUUACACCGUACGAAGGCCAGCGCUCCUACCUCGUACAGCACAUGCAAUAUCAGGGAAGCUUACAUGCCAAACUUUACCAAGAAAUCGAAGUGGCCAGUGUAGACGCGUUCCAAGGCAGAGAAAAGGAUAUUAUCAUCAUGUCUUGUGUCCGUUCAAACGAACAUCAAGGUAUCGGAUUCUUAAGCGACCCGCGUCGUCUGAACGUCGCUCUAACACGCGCCAAAUAUGGUCUGAUAGUUGUAGGUAACCCCAAGGUGUUGAGUAAACAGCCUUUGUGGAAUCAUUUGUUAGCAUUCUACAAGGAACGCCGCGUACUCACGGAAGGACCCCUAUCCAAUCUAAAGGAAUCUGCGAUCCAAUUCGCCAAGCCAAAGAAACUGGUGAACGCCCAGAACCCGGGCUCCCACUUCAUGUCGACGUCGAUGUUCGACGCGCGCGAGGCGAUGGUGCCGGGCUCCAUCUACGACCGCGCGCGGCCGCCGCGCGACCCGCUGGCCUACGUGGGCCCCGAGCGCGCCGCCAUGCUGCACGCGCCCGUGCCGCCCGCCGCCUUCUCGGCGCACCGCGGCCUGGCGCGGCCGCCGCUCAGCGCCGCGCAGCGCUCGGGCCGCCGCCGCCCGCCGCGCCUGUCGCAGGAGCCGCUGUCGCAGCAGCCGCCGCUGUCGCUGUCGCAGGGCGCGUCGCAGCCCGACUUCAGCCAGGAGUCGGCGGCGCCCGACUGCCCGUCGCAGCCGGACGGGCUGCUGUCCCAGGACUCCACGUACCAGGGCGGGUUCCGCGCACGCUGCAGCCAGUACUGAGGGCCGGGCGUCCGCCGCGGGGCCGCGCCGCAACAGCCGACCUCACUCCUCCGGGGUGGAGAUACACGGUACUGACGACAGACGCCGAUGCGCACCGCACACCUGACUGACGACGAUCUCAACUCGGGUGCAGAGACAGACAGAGGAUUCCCCGUGUCGCUUUAUAACCGCGGGGUUGAAUCGGUUGCGCCGGCGGCGGAAUCCGACCGCGACUUGUCUUCGCCCAUCGACCGUAUUGAAGAGUGAAAACUCAAAACUUAGAAAUUGUGUCACGCGCGGAGCAAACUUGCGCAACACGUUUUGUUGCGCGAAGUAAAAUGUAACCGUUCCAUUACAGGGAUAGAAAUUUUUAUAGGAUGUUGAUACAAAAGUAAAUCUGAUGUUCAAACGAAGGGAAAAUUAUGUAAUACACGCUCUUUUAAAAAAAAAUUGGUCGUUAAAGUUUAAAUCAAAUUCCAUUAGACACGUAUGCACCAAAUUGACAUUACUAUAAACUUGUUGCUAUCCUCUAUUACUACACGUGUUACUAUGUUACACAAUUAGAAACGAGUAGACAAUGGCAUGUCAGAGCGGAGACUUGAGAGAGCUCGGGACGAACUUCCGGGAUUUGAAGAAAGAUAUGGAGGCAACAACGACAGAUAAAUAUAUGUAAAGAUUUUUUUAAACGUUAAUUGAUCACCUUAUAUGAUUUGAAGUAAUAAUAUUAUUAUUCUAACACUAGACAAGACUACAAGAAGACUUUUUUAAUUACGUCAAAAAAUCAGUAAAUUCUUUAUCAGUAUUUUUAAAUCAAUCAUAACAUUUUAAUUUUAUUUGUGUAUGUAAAGGCAAGACUUGUUUUCUCGUUUCUAGAUGUAUAAAAGAAUCGCGAUGUCCCAUCAUUCGGGUACGUGAACGUUAACAUCUUAGUUCGCAUCUUAGAAAUUAAACUUACUUUUUAUUUCACAUUCAAGAAAAAAAAACGAAAAUGGUAAGCCAAUUAGUCAGAUUAUAAUUUGUUAGGCGACACAUACAGUAAUUCUAGUAAUGGUUUGUUUUCGUCAUAGGGAAUUUCUUAAUGUUCAUAUUAAACUUUAUAAAUAUCAUUGACGAUAUCAAAGUGUCAGUUCUACAUCUUAGACAAACAAUAUGAAUGUUAAACGGGGCUCUAUUGUUUUUCCUUCUCAUCCGGUACUCGCUUUCCAUGGCGCCGAACACUACAAGAAUAUCAAAUAUAUUUUAAGACUGUUUCUAAAACUAUUUUUCUCUUAUCGUUGAUAUUUUAUGUCUGUUACAAAUCUCCAUAUUAAGUAAACCGUUCUUGCAAGAUUUCGCCAUUUCAUGAUAUAUACUAUGAAGUACUCUAUGAUCUAAUGAUUUACACAUGCUCAUAACAUUCCUUGAGUAUUUUACUUUCUGUUACUUUUUGAAACAUUUUAUUUAUUAAAGCAACUCAAAUUUCAUUUAGUCUUAAAGACAAUUAAAAUUUCCUGGGGAUUAACCUUUAAUGUAAGUGAAUAUUGUGAAAGGGUUCUUACGGCUAUUAGUCUGAUGUAUUUCCUGUUAUUAUGUUAAUAAUGAACUGUCUUAGAUGGUUUUUACAUUUUGUUUUUGUUUGUGAAGGAAAA